AUGUUGUUGCAGGAUGAGAGGGGGGGUCGUUUUCAGGCAUCUUUGGGAAAAUCUAUUAUGAACAGGUUCCAAAUAGAGAUAAAGGAACUAGGACUAUAUUAUAUGAAGAAUUUCGUGGUUGGCCCGAAUAAACUAAAAUAUAAGACCAACAAUCACCAAUUUAAGCUAAUGUUCACCCAUAGAACGAGUGUGGAGGAAACAAUUGAUGCACACUUUGGUAUGGAAGUCUUCAAUUUUCGACCAUUUGAGCACUUGAUAAAUCAAGCUGCUUUUUACGUUGUGAUAGAUGUCAUAGGAGAGAUUGUUAGUUACGGACCUAUAGAAGAACACAAGAAAGGUGAUAAGUCCAACAAUUUUAUAUAUGAUGAACUCCAAGAUCAUGAGAAUAAUAAUAUUUCAGCUACUUUUUGGGGGGAAUUUGUGGAGCAAAUCAUGCCACACUUGGAUACUUCUAUCGAAAAGCCUGUCAUUGUGGUUAUGCAGCUAAUACGAUCUUAUAAAUUUCAAGGUAAAUAUUCUGUACGUAAUUCUUGGCAUGCUUCGAAACUCUGGAUUAAUCCAGAUUUGCCUCAAGUUGCAGAAUUUAGUUCCAGAUUGGAAAAUGUGCGUGGGGAGAAAUCCGAGAGGAUUUCUCAAAUAUCCUCUCAACGUAAUUAUUCUGCUGCGGAAGAGUUGUCUUUUGGAACGGCUCAAGUUAAAACAAUCGGAAACUUGGUUGAGUGUCUUCAGGAAGGGAGCUUCUGGAUUGUUGCCAAUAUAGUGUAUAUAGAACUUAAGAACGGUUGGUCGUAUCUGAGCUACAUAAAAUGCGCCAAGAAGGUUUACAAAGUGGGCAGUAAAUUUAACUGCCCGAAGAGUAAAGCAACGAAAAUUUUGUAUAGACUACAAGUUAGAGUUAUGGAUAAUAGUGGCUCUGUUUCUUUGUUAAUUUGGGAUCGUGAUGCGACAAAGCUCAUCGGUAAGACUGCUAAUGAAUUAAGAUCGGGAUUACAUGAGGUAUGUUAUUCUCUUUAA